AGAACACGAGAGAAUAUUCAGGGAGCAUCUUUUGGAGCUCCAUGUCUAUAGUCUAUACUCUCUAUUCCGUUCCCGCCAUUUUUUUCCGGUUAAAAGUUACCGGUUUCUAGCCAGUGAACGCCAUCUUCUCGGUUUUUGCUGCAAGCUGGUUGUGACUUUUGAAUGUUAUACGACGACAUGCUUCUUCCAUGAAUGCGUUUCGUUCAUUCUUCCGGUGUUGUUUCGUCUAUGGACUAUAUGAAGCUAGAUGGCAGCGGAACUGAUGAAGAUCUUCCAACACAAAAUUUCAGCAGGAAUAUUCCAGGGGUACGUUUUUCUAUGACUGGGAGGGUUCCCUCUGGAGCAGGUUCUCGAGGAAUGGAUACAACCGACAUGAAAUAUCAAAUUCAUUGUAUAGAGACCGAAGCAUAUAGUGCUAUACUGAGGGCUUUCAUUGCUCAAUCUCCUCUCCUCUCCUGGGGUAAAGAAGGGCUUAUUACUGAGCUAAGGAAGGAACUUAAUGUUUCAGACGUAGAACAUAGAGAACUCCUUGUGAAAGUUGAUUCAGAUGAUUCACUCAGGAUGAUAAGGGAAUGGCGUAAGGACACUUCUGGUGAGAAAGGGUCACACUGUAACAAAAUGAAUUCCUCCGGAUCAAAGCCUAAUUCAGUGUGUCAUGCUUCCCGCAAAAGGUUGAAGACUUCACAUGUUACCAUAUCCUCACCUCCAAAAUACAUACAGAAUUCUCAACCUUCACCAGCAGUUAUCCCUUCUUCAGCGGCAACACAUUUCAGGGACAGUCAAUGGGGUGGUGAAACAGCUGUCUUCUCUGCUCAAGGAAAUGUUGGGAAGUCCAUGAAAUCUGCUUCACAUGGCAAACAAGCACCAAGUGCAGGCAAAGGAAAGAUUCCAAUAAUCCAUGGAACAGAUUUCAAGAAAAGAUCGGAUACAAUUGAAAUUCGUGCAACAGAUAAACUUAUUCAUGAGGUUGAGAGAGUGAUCUAUGGAGGUGGAGAACCUGACCCAUUUGAAGUGGAGAAGGCUAAAUUAAUCCUCAAAGAGCAUGAAAGAGCCAUUCUUGAAGCACUUGAUAAACUUGCUGACGUGUCAGAUGGUGUCCCAGAGGAUUCUCCUGAUCGGUCACGGCUUUGGUACUCCCACAAAGAGCUUCAGAGGAAUGGACAAAGAGCAUCGACACAUCGUGCCUUCUAUGGGCAGGUUGAUAGGCUGAACAAUUACUAUAAUGAAAGCUUUGGUAGGGAACACACUGACAGAGCUGGCAUUCCUUAUGAUGUGCAGGAUGAUGAAGGGACCCCCUAAUGAUGCAUCUAUUUUUCGUAUGUGCAAGGUGAUGUAGAUAUGACUUAGAUAACAAAAUACUUUGUAUCCGGCAGCUGUGUAAGUCUCAUUGACACAGACUUCUGAUGCAUCAACAUAUAACUGAUAUAAGAUUCUUUGGUAUUGUAAUUUUUUUUUAAUAUCUCUGUGUGUUUUGUUCUCUUCUGCUGACUGAUGAUAGUGAUUGCUGUUGGUUUUAAGUACUUUCCUCAGUGCAAGUUGCUCCCCUUGUGCAUGUGGGUGCUCAA